AUGAGACAGGCAAAUCAAACUCAGGUGACCGAAUUUCUCCUUCUGGGACUCUCUGAUGACCCCCACACUCAGAUGCUGCUAUUCAUCUUAUUCCUGGGUGUCUAUCUGGUCACUGUGCUUGGAAAUCUACUUCUCAUGUUUCUUGUUCGGAUUGACUCUCAGCUUCACACACCCAUGUAUUUUUUUCUGUGUAAUUUGUCAAUGGCUGAUCUCUGCUUUUCUACCAACAUUGUUCCUCAGGCUCUCAUCCAUCUCCUUUCACAGAAAAAGGUUAUUUCAUUCAGACGUUGUGCGGCUCAGCUUCUGCUCUUUCUCAUUUUUGGGUGUACACAAUGUGCCCUUAUGGCUGUGAUGUCCUAUGACCGGUAUGUGGCUAUCUGCAACCCUCUACAUUACCCUAGCAUCAUGACAUGGAGGGUUUGUAUCCAACUGGCUAUAGCAUCAUGGACUUGUGGCAUUUUAGUGUCGCUGGUGGACAGUACUUUCACACUAAGUCUUCCCUAUCGAGGCAGCAACAGUAUUGCUCAUUUCUUUUGUGAGGCCCCUGCACUCUUGAUCCUGGCAUCUACAGACACUCACACUUCAGAGAUGGCCAUUUUCCUCAUGGGGGUUGUGAUUCUCCUCAUACACACUGUCUCACUAAUUCUGGUGUCCUAUGGCCACAUCAUAGUGACUGUGGUCAAGAUGAAGUCAGCUGCAGGAAGACUCAAGGCAUUUUCUACCUGUGGUUCCCACCUCAUUGUUGUCAUCCUUUUUUAUGGGUCAGCAAUUAUCACCUACAUGACACCAAAGUCUUCCAAAGAGCAGGAGAAACUGGUUUCUGUUUUUUAUGCAAUGGUGACACCUAUGCUUAAUCCCCUCAUAUACAGCCUGAGGAACAAAGAUGUCAAGGGAGCUCUGUGGAAAGUAGCCACGAAGAACUGCUCAAAUAGGCUUAGAAUCAUCCACUGA